AUGGCUAAAGAUCUCGUAAUUCUCGCUUACUCCGGUGGUCUAGACACCAGCUGUAUUCUCAAAUGGUUAAUUAAAAAAAGCUACGAUGUUGUUUGUUUUAUGGCCGAUGUUGGCCAGAAUGAGGACUUCAAGAAAGCAAAGGAAAAGGCAUUGGGAAUAGGCGCAAAAGAUGUGAUAGUGGAGGACUUGCGCAAUGAGUUUGUUUUAAACUAUAUGCUGCCUGCGGUUCAAAUGGGCCUGAUAUACGAAAGCCGAUAUUACUUGGGCACUUCUCUCGCUCGGCCCUGUAUCUCUGUGGGUCUAGUCAACGCUGCUAAGAAACUUGGAGCUAAAUACAUUUCUCACGGUGCUACUGGCAAAGGCAAUGACCAAGUCAGAUUUGAACUCAGUGUUUAUUCACUGUGGCCCGAAGGAAAGAUUAUUGCACCUUGGCGUCUGCCAGAGUUUUUCGAGAGAUUUCAAGGUCGGAACGAUCUCAUGGAAUACGCCAAACAGGAAAAUAUACCCGUGUCAGCCACUCCUAAAGAACCCUGGUCAACUGAUGAAAAUAUUAUGCACAUCAGUUACGAGUCUGGUGUUCUUGAGGACCCUAGUGCCGCUCCUCCGAAUGGUAUUUUCAAAAUAACACGUAAUUUAAAAGACGCUGAAGAUUACCCAAGCAUCAUAGACAUCAAUUUUGAAAAAGGGUUACCAGUCUCUGUCCGGAUCCCAAGUGGACACGAAAAGUCUCUUCUGUUAACAAACCCGCUGGCUAUCGUAGAAACACUGAACAAGUUAGGCGGGCAACACGGAGUUGGUCGUAUCGACAUUGUAGAAAACCGAUUUCUGGGAUUGAAGUCACGAGGCCUUUACGAGACGCCCGCGGGCACUAUUUUGCAUGCAGUACACCUCGACCUAGAAGUUUUCACACUCGACAAAGAAGUUUUAAGAGUGAAAAAAUAUCUACAAGAGAAGAUGGCAGAUUUUGUGUAUAACGGAUUCUGGUUUUCACCUGAAGCAAACUAUACGCGAAAGUGUUUGCAAUUAUCUCAAGAUAUGGUUAAUGGCACUGUAACGGUUCAAAUAUACAAAGGGAAUGUUACCAUCUUGUCAAGAAAGAGUCCGACGAGCUUGUACAAUCAAGAUCUAGUCUCCAUGAAUAUAGCUGGCGGUUUCUCUCCUGAAGAUAGUACUGGAUUUAUCAACAUCAAUGCUCUGCGCCUCAAAGAAUAUUCCCGACUUGCUCAGCAAGAAAACAAAAGGGGAAAAAAUUAA